AUGGGAGUAGAUCCUUUCACACUUUACUACUACUUCUGGUACGGAGCAGAACCGGACAGGGGCGCAUACCCGGAUGGGGGCGUAGAUAUUGAAGUUUUGCCUGCCUAUGACGUAGAGGAAUUGUUCGACAGCUACGAACUCACCGGCAGCACCGAUGCUGCAGCGACCUGGAGUCUUGUAAGCAAGUGGAUCCGUAACUGUGCCACUGGUCACGCGAAGUGCGGUCACAUCAAUCAACAGUCGUGGGCGCCUACUCGUCUUCUCGACGUUGCUGCAGAGAAUAGCAACGAGGGACUACGUUUGUGUGAACUCAGGGGGGACCUUAAAGGAGAGCGGUACAUGACACUGAGCCAUUGCUGGGGCAAGACUCAACCAAUCCGACUUCUGCGAGGUAAUCUUGAGGCAAUGUUACGAUCAGUAAGCCUGAAGAGCUUGCCAAAGACUUUCAAAGACGCUAUCCAUAUCACCAGGCGCCUGGGAGUGAAGUAUCUCUGGAUUGAUGCCAUGUGUAUUCUCCAAGACUCUACUACGGACUGGCUCAGCGAAUCGGCCUUGAUGGAACAAGUCUACAGACGUUCCUUCUGCAACAUUGCUGCCUCCGACGCGUUCGAUAGCGACGGCGGAUGCUACUAUACCAGGAAUCCGUACUUCAUACAGCCUUUUUGGGUCGACAUCAACAAUGGAAGUUCACCGGAGCAACAUUGUCUCGUAAAAAGCAGUCCCCAUUGGGUGACCCGGCUUGGAAGAGCGCCUUUGAAUCGCCGAGCUUGGGUAAUACAGGAGCGAUUUUUAGCCCCCCGCGCCUUGCACUUGGGCAAGGAUCAGAUCACCUGGGAGUGUCGAGAGCUAAUCGCCUCGGAAUCCUUUCCAAAGGGCCUACCAGACACCGAUCUUGACUUUCUGUACGAGUCUCUGAGAGAGAUUAUAGCCGGAGCCGAAACGUUCCCAAAUCCAUCCUCAACGUGCUCGGUGCACACUAAGGAGGGACUGAUCUACGCCUGGAAUUAUCUUGUGGAUAUUUACAUUAGGUGCGAUCUGACAAAACCCGAGGAUAAGCUCAUAGCGAUUUCAGGUCUGGCAACAGCAAUGCAGAGGUCGCUCGGCACUUAUCUUGCAGGCAUCUGGGAAUGCUCUCUCCCUGACGGAUUGCUUUGGACCACUGUUCACCCAAGUCGCUCUAGACCAUCUCAGUAUAGAGCCCCUUCCUGGUCGUGGGCUUCGGUGGAAGGCCUUGUUCACUAUUACUCAACAUAUGCACACGAGUUGUACUGGGGCUAUUGGGUUUUCAUUCUCAACGCACAAGUUACUGCUUAUGGUGCAAACGGCACUGGACAAGUCACCGCUGGCUCUUUGCGCAUUCAGGGUCGCCCCGCUUUGACUCGGUUUUCGAAGAAAUCAGAAUGGCCCUUUGCCAUCGCAAGUGUCAGAAACCCCAGAGGCAACGAAUUGUCAAUGAGCGCAUACUUUUACCCCGAUGGUAAAGAUCAAGCCGCGAUGGGCGAGUUCACAUGUCUUCCAAUUGGUGUUCUCACCAAAGGUGAUUCUGAUCCUUGGCUAGAUGAAGACGAUGUUGAUACAGACGAUGUUGAUACAGACGAUGUUGAUACAGACGAUGUUGAUACAGACGAUGUUGAUACAGACGAUGUUGAUACAGACGAUGUUGGCACAGAUGGUGCAUUCUUGAGGUUGUAUGGUUUGGUCCUUCAACGUGAAACCUGGUGUUUCAAGCGCGUCGGUGUGUUCAUCCUGCACAACAAACAUAGUGCAAUCUUUCAGAGUCUGCCUGAGUGCGCCAUUACCAUUGUCUGA